CAAACUUCAUUCGCGAUGGAGAGAAAAUGCCGAGACGUAUACAAAGACACCUGGGCAAGAGAGAGAGAGAAACGAUGGAGAAGAAGAGUUGGAUCCAGCCUCCGAUCUUCUCAUCCCACAUUUGCCCUCAUCAGAGAUGAAUCCUUCACCGAUCUCCACAAAUCUCACAAGCUUCAAACCCUCUCCGAUUCCGGCGCCACACUUCUCAAGGGUUCCCUAGAAGAUGAAACAAGGCUCAUAGAAGCCAUCAAGCAAGUGGAUGUCGUGAUUUGUGCUGUCUCGUCCAAGCAGGUCCUCCUCCAGAAGCUUCUCAUUUCAGCUAUCAAACAAGCUGGGUGCGUCAAGAAGUUCAUUCCAUCUGAAUUUGGAGUGGAUCCAUGUAAAACUCGAAUAUCUGGCCUUGACCACAGCUUCUAUGCGAGGAAAGCAGAAAUUCGAUGUCUUGUAGAAGCAGAAGGCAUUCCAUACACCUAUAACAGUGUCUUGUCCACUCACUCUCUGCUUGAGCACACCUUUUCUUUUAUUUAUUUAUUUUACUUUUUUAUUCUCUUUAUCCCAUACCCUCCCGUCCAUGUUCCCCACUCCCACUCUCUCCUUUUUCACAAUCUUUGUCUUUUCCUUCCCAUCAACUCUCUUUUUAAAAUAAAUCAUUCAUCCUCCACCCACCACACCACAUUAUCCUCAUCAUUCCCUCCAUACUAAUAUAUAUCUAUAUCU